AUGCUCGCACAACUGGGCGGGCGGCUGCCGCUCAAAGUGUUUUCGUACACGAUCUGUGCCUGGGGAGGUGCAUGGAUCGUGUACUACGCGUUCCAGGAAUGCCGUCGUACGUUUGCGCUUCGCUCGCGCCAGCGGCGCUUUCCGCUUCCGCGCCGCACCGCGGAAAACGACGCUGCAUGGUUCGGGCAAGCUAAUGCGCAGGAGCGCAAGAACAUCGUGGGCCGUUUCAGUCCGCUGAAAUUUCUUGGGCGGUACUUGAAUGUGACUCCUGAAUGGCGUGAGCAAGGGCUGUGGGAGUGGAUGUGGUGGAAAGUGGUCCAUGCGCUCAUAUGGAACGACGGCUUUGGCUUUGACGGUGGCUUCUCCGCUGAUACCAAGACAGAAGAAGGACGCAAGCGGAUCGAGACGCUGCUUCCUGUGGAGCCCGUCGACAUGGCGAAGCUUUUUGGCGCACCGCCCGAGGGCAGUACGUAUACAUGGCUUGGCCAAAGCACUUGUCUCAUCCGGAUGCAUGGCGUAACGAUCCUGACGGACCCCGUAUUUGGCACGCAGCCCGUCAAGAGUUUCCUGAGCCCUGUGCGGAUGCGUCCCAUGCCAUGCACCUUUUUGGAUCUGGUGCGCGACGGCGUCCUCGACAUCAUUCUUGUCUCGCACAACCACUUUGAUCAUUUGGACCUGAGCAUCAUUCCCCAUGUGCCGCGCACCACAAAGUGGGUCGUUUCGCGCGGCAUGUCGACGCUGCUGCGUAAAUGUGGCGUGCCUAUGGAAAACAUCACGGAGCUUGCAUGGUGGGAGGAGGCGCAGCUCGAAUGCACUGUCGCACACGACGAUACGUCCGUCACGCGAGUUGUGCAUAUCACUGGCCUUCCUGCGAGCCAUUGGAGUGCAAGGACACUGCUGGAUACCAACAAGAGCCUGUGGAGCUCGUAUGCGGUGCGUGUCAACGACCAGUCCGCUGCACUUCCGCGUGCGUCGCUGUUUUUCUGCGGCGAUUCUGGAUACAGUCCCGAUUUAUUUCGCAGUAUUGGGCGCAUGUACGGGCCGUUCCACCUUGCAACGAUCCCGAUUGGGUCGUACGAGCCGCGCUGGCAUCUGAGUCUGCAGCACAUGGAUCCGCUGGGGUCGGUUUCGGUAGCGGAGGACAUUGGCGCGGCGCAAAGUUUUGGGAUGCAUUGGGGCACUUGGUGCAUGAGUGACGAGCGCUGGGAUGCACCGCCCGCAGAUCUCGCACUGGCGCUUGCACAGAAAAAGCUGCCUUGCUCGUAUGUAAAGACGGUGCCGCUUGGGCAGAUACAGCAUGUACCCUUGGGGGCAUAG